CCGCACCCUUUUCUUGCCGUGCAAUCAUACCAGUCCAACACUGCCAGUGUCCCGCAACAUGUUGCCCUGUACAUCUCCUCCCCCCACAACCACCACGAAUAUGGUGGACGAAAAUGACAUCGAGUCCAUGACUUCGUUGUACUCUGCCUCAUCCAUGGAUAACCACGACGAUUCGUUCCAUUGUCAAUACACAGUGUCGGCCAUCUUGAUCGAAGAAGUGUCGACUCCUUCCUACUGCAUCCGAUCGAAUGCGUCGCCUCGGUCGUUUCUGUUUCCAUUGUCACGUUCAUGGACGUCCAGUUUCGCAUCGGACACAGCAAACGUCGUCCCCAUCAGCCAUAACGAUGGCACUACCCGAUUCGACGAGGCAAGCUACUCCAGCAACGCAACGUUUGGCACGUACAACUCGCUUGGUACGUCCAAUCACGCGACAGUCGGCACAACGUCCGUGGACAAUUUGUCGUUCAUACAAGUGGAAGAAUCUAGCGUCGAGAGUUCCAACGUACGCGUUGUGGCGCCAUCGUCCAUCGGUGAUGCGCAUUCGUCAUCGCAUCGACUCUUGGACUUGUCGGCGCUUUCGUCGAUUGAUUCGACCAGUACGAACCCCGCCCUCGACAUGCGCGGAGUAUGCUACGACGAAGAGGAGUCCAUGUGGUCGCGAGGUCCGUUUCCAUUUGCCCUACGACCGUUCGCCCAAACGUACACCAGUACCACGGCUCGAGAUUUUUUCCGUCAUAGCUAUAACCGAUCCGCCUCAUCCUGUACAUCUAACGGCGGCAGCAACACCAGCGCGGCGCCCCUAUUUUAUUACGACGACGACCAAUACGAAGAGCAUGUCAACAUUUGGGCGUCCCGGGUAUGGACGUCCAGUUCGGGAAAGGACGAAGACAUCGAGUCGUUCUUGCAAGCAAUGGAUACCGCGCGCGGGCAACUGGCGCAGCAACUCCACCACAGCCAGCAACACAUGCACGAAUCGCAACAGCCUACGACGGCAUCGUCGUCGUCGUGUAUGAGGCGAGCAACGUUGAUGCACGCGAUCUCGGAGCUUCCGGAGGUGCCGCACCACCUAACCUACCCGACGCCUUCGUCGUCGUCGUCGUCGGUCUUUGGUCCGAUGGUGAAGAUAGAGUCGGACGAGUCCACUUCGACGAUCUUGUCGCCUGUGAUUCAAUCCAAACUCGGUCGUGGCAGUCUGCCGUGGUUUCAUCGCGUAUUCUUACUUCCACACGAACCGUUGCGCCGGGCGCUGCAGACCAUCCGACGGCUCGUACACCCGACAUACCUUCCGUUCCACAGUUCGCAUUUCAAAAUGCCUGCGUUCUUUGCCUGGUUCGACCAGUUGGCCCUGUACAUCCGCACGAUAUGCCACGUCAAGACCCACGUCGUGCUGUCGGCGAUUCUAGGGGUCAACCCAUCGCUCGUGAAACUGCUCGUCGCGACCGUCAAGUCGUACGAGGCCGUGCUAUCCCUCCUGGACGCAGUCCGAUUCUUUCGAACAUUCCAGCCGACCACCCAAGCUUACUCUGAUCUACCCAAUCAUGGCGAAAUGGCAUGGGCCAGCUAUGUGCUGCAGCUCGCAGAGUACGUGGCCACGUUAGAGCACAUCUUGUGUGCGACCCUCGACCGCGACGAGCAAGACUUUGGCCAGGCGCUGGCGUCCACGUUCAACCACGAAAGCUAUGUCCGACAGAUCCAGAAACGCACGGAAACCGCGCUUCCUCCCCACGUCAAACGGGUGAUCGUACCGUGGAUGUUGGACGGCUGCGACCAAUUCGGAGGAGCCCCCGACGACUGGCAGUGGGGCUGGUGGAGCAAAUGCAUGUACGAGACUGUGUGGCGGCGCUACUACGCCAACAACGUCGUCGCACAUCUCCACACGCUAGAGUUUGGUACGGCCGCACCAACUAGUCCAAGCUCAAACGACCGAUAGCCACAUGCAACCGCUACAGAUGUACAGUACAGUAUUCCAAUUUGGGGACCUUAAUUAUAAACAUCUUUUAGACGCGA